CUCACAUACGUUCUCAGUGGAUAUCGUCUGUCACAUUGCUUAUUGUAUUGAUCUGCACUUUUAAACAGGAGUUAUGAUACUCAGGAGAAGUCUCUGCUUGCUGCCGGUUCUGUUGUUAUGCAUCGCAGCACUACCUCAAGAUGGUGGGCUGGAGGAUGAGACCAUGUUUGACCUGUUUAAAAUAAGCCACAUCACCAGGAAGACUAUCGGUGCCAAGCUCUUUAAGGGUCACGACUGGGACUCUCCAGCCUAUCGAUUCAUUCGCUUUGAUCAGUUGCCCUCAGUAAGUGCCCCUGUGCUCAAGCAGCUAAUGCAGCAAAUCCAGAACAAUGAGGGUUUCGUGUUCGUGGCCACCAUGCGCCAAGAUCGUGCCUCACGUGGCACUCUGAUUGGCCUGGAGGGUCCCAACGGGAGGCGCCAGUUUGAGAUUGUGUCCAAUGGUCGAGCCAACACUCUGGACCUGGUCUACUGGGUGGAUGGCUCCCAGAACGUGGUGUCCUUCGAGGAUGUGGAGCUAUCCGACUCGCAAUGGAAGAAUAUCACGCUUCAUGUACAUGGAGAGAAUGCACACCUGUACGUGGGCUGUACCCUCAUCGACAGCCUCAUCUUGGACGAGCCGUUUUACGAACUCCUGAAAGCAGACGGCAGCAAGAUGUAUGUAGCCAAAGGAUCUAUCCGAGAGAACCACUUCAGGGGUUUGCUGCAGAAUGUACGUUUUAUCUUUGACACCACAAUGGAGGACGUUCUCAGAAACAAAGGCUGCGAGAUUGCCAAGCCUGAUGAAGCUAACCUGGUUGUUGAGAGCACAGAGAUUGUGGAUGUCAGUCCUGCUAUGACCACUAACUUCAUUGCAGAGAAGAUGGAAAAGUUGGAGUCAGAGACGUGCGAACGCUCCUGUGAGGAGCUCAGCACCAUGUUUCAGGAGCUCAAAGGCCUCCGCAUCGUCGUAGGCAAUCUCAUCGAUGGCCUACAGAAAGUGACGGAGGAAAACAAUGUGAUGAAGGAAGCUCUUGUGAAUAUGAAGAACAUCAAAGACAAGCACAUGUGUUGGCAGGAUGGACGACUGUUUGAGGAUAAGGAGGACUGGGUGGUGGACAGCUGCACCAAGUGCACCUGCCAAGAGUCAAAGAUCGUCUGUCACCAGAUAACGUGUCCGGCAGUGGCCUGUGCCAGUCCAACUUUCUUGGAUGGGGAGUGUUGUCCUGUCUGUCUACCUAAAGACAGUGAGGACGGAUGGUCACCCUGGUCUGAGUGGACCGAAUGCACUGUGACGUGUGGGACGGGCACACAGCAGAGAGGCAGGUCAUGUGACGCCACCAGCAAUCCCUGCACCGGACCUUCCAUUCAAACACGCAAGUGCAGCCUCGGAAAAUGCGAUAGCCGUGUUCGCCAGGAUGGUGGAUGGAGCCUGUGGUCUCCUUGGUCUUCGUGUUCGGUCACCUGCGGUGAGGGUCAGAUCACCCGAAUCAGACACUGCAAUGCUCCUGUUCCUCAACUGGGAGGCAAAGACUGUGAGGGCAGUGGAAGAGAGACUCAGCAUUGCGAAGCCAAACCCUGUCCUAUUGAUGGCGCUUGGGGCCCAUGGUCUCCUUGGGCAAUUUGUUCUGCCACUUGCGGUGGUGGGGUCAGAGGUCGUACCCGUGUUUGCAAUAGCCCUCGCCCACAGUACGGGGGUAGAAAAUGCCCUGGAGAACCCAAAGACGCCGAGGCGUGUAACAAACAGGACUGCCCUGUGGAUGGCUGUCUCUCAAAUCCAUGCUUUGGAGGGGUUGAAUGCACAAGUGCUCCUGAUGGUUCCUGGGAGUGUGGCCCCUGCCCUGUUGGUUUCCGUGGUAAUGGAACAUUCUGUGAGGACGUGAAUGAGUGUGACCUGGUUCCUGAUGUCUGCUUCAAAGUCAGUGGACCCCAGCGCUGCGUCAACACAAACCCAGGAUUUCACUGUCUCCCCUGCCCACCCCGUUAUAAAGGUAACCAGCCCUUUGGUAUGGGUGUUGAAGCUGCCAAGAACAACAAACAGGUGUGUGAACCAGAGAACCCCUGCAAAGACAAAACCCAUAGCUGUCACAAGCAUGCAGAGUGUAUCUACCUCGGCCACUUCGGCGACCCAAUGUACAAAUGCGAGUGUAAGAUCGGCUACGCCGGCGAUGGCUUUAUCUGUGGUGAAGACUCGGAUCUUGACGGUUGGCCCAAUCAGAACCUGGUGUGUGGUGCAAAUGCCACUUACCACUGCAAGAAGGAUAACUGCCCCAACUUGCCAAAUUCAGGACAAGAGGACUUUGAUAAAGAUGGUCAAGGCGAUGCUUGUGACAAAGAUGAUGACAAUGAUGGCAUUUUGGAUGAGAGGGACAACUGCCCCCUUUUGUUCAACCCCAGGCAGUUUGAUUAUGAUAAGGAUGAUGUUGGUGAUCGUUGCGAUAACUGCCCGUAUGAAAGCAACCCAGCACAGAUUGACACCGACAAUAAUGGAGAAGGAGAUGCCUGUGCCAAGGAUAUUGAUGGAGAUGGGGUACUAAACGAGGAGGACAAUUGCCCUUACGUGUACAAUAGUGAUCAAAAAGACACUGAUAUGGAUGGAGUGGGUGACCAGUGUGAUAACUGCCCACUGCUUCACAAUCCAGACCAGGCAGAUACAGACAAUGACCUUGUGGGAGACCAGUGUGACAAUAAUCAGGACAUUGAUGAGGACGGACAUCAGAACAACCUGGACAACUGCCCAUAUGUCCCUAACGCCAACCAGGCUGACCACGACAAAGAUGGCAAAGGGGACGCCUGCGAUUAUGAUGACGACAAUGAUGGAGUGCCUGAUGAAAAAGACAACUGCAGACUGGUGCCCAACAAAGACCAACUGGACUCUGACGGGGAUGGUCGAGGUGAUGCCUGCAAGGACGAUUUUGACAACGACAGCAUCCCAGACAUUUUUGAUGUGUGCCCAGAGAACAAUGCCAUUAGCAUCACUGACUUCAGAAAGUUUCAGAUGGUACAUUUGGACCCCAAGGGAACCACACAGAUUGACCCCAACUGGGUCGUCAGACAUCAGGGCAAAGAGCUUGUGCAGACAGCCAACUCAGACCCCGGCAUUGCUGUUGGUUUUGAUGAGUUUAAUGCGGUGGACUUCAGUGGAACGUUCUAUGUAAACACAGACAGAGAUGAUGACUAUGCAGGCUUUGUGUUUGGAUAUCAGUCCAGUGGCCGUUUCUACGUGGUCAUGUGGAAGCAGAUUACUCAAACCUACUGGGAAGAGAAGCCCUCCAAGGCCUUUGGCAUCUCGGGCGUUUCACUCAAAGUGGUCAACUCCACCACGGGCACUGGAGAGAACCUCCGUAAUGCCCUUUGGCACACAGGCGACACAGAGGGACAGGUCCGCACUUUGUGGCAUGACCCUAAGAACAUUGGAUGGAAGGACUACACUGCCUACAGGUGGCAUCUCAUUCACAGACCUAAGACUGGUUUUAUCAGGGUUGUGGUCUAUGAAGGAAAACAGAUCAUGGCAGACUCAGGACCGCUCUAUGACAAGACCUUUGCAGGAGGACGGCUAGGGCUUUUUGUUUUCUCCCAGGAGCUGGUGUUCUUCUCAGACCUGAAGUACGAGUGUCGGGAUAACUGAAUAGUGUUCGACCACAGACCAGAAAUGGACUGUAAUGGAAAACAAUGCUUCUACGUUGUCCAACAAACCAGUCGAGGUUCGUCUCCUCCACAGUCAGAGCCUUUUAACCCCAUGUACCAAAAAAAUGAGAAGCCAUAGCCCCAGGAAUUGUAAACACAGGGAUAAACAAUUUAACUUUUUUUUUCCGAAAACAUGAAACCGACGGAUGGAGAAAGAAAUGAACUCUGCACUGCAGGCAUAUUAUAGGGACCUUUUGUUCAACCACUCUUUUUUUCUGUCAAAGCUUUUUUUUUUUUUCUUUUUUUCUUUUUUUUUUCUUUUUUUGAAUGAAGGUCUUCAGAAAUAUAUAAAAGACCCUGAUGUGAAGGUUCGAAAUUUCAAGGUAUCUAGCAUUGUAAUUUAAUUUUGACUCUUAAGUACAAUGUCAGAGAGAAUUGAAUGUCAUGUUUGGUACAUUUUUUCUAACAGUAGUACCAAUUUUCUGGGAGGUGUACUAUGCAGGAACCACAGAUGAUUUUCUUUUUCAUUUUAUUUGCUGAACUCUUCAUUACUUAACUGCAUAACUUGCACAAAGUAUUGUGUUGUCACUAUGUUUUGUAAAAUGAUUUUGAAAUGAAAUGAAUCCAUGAUUUGGUUUUGACUCUUUGGUCAUUGUACUCUUUUUUUCACUCUCUAUAAUCAGUUAGAGACCUUCUCAAUACAAAGAUUUUUAGGGACCUUUGGGAUGAAGAUGUUUAUAUUUAGACUGUAUUAUAAUUUCUUUUGUAAAUUAUUUAUGAGACCCUUUCAGUUCAGUGGGUUUAUGUCGAGUUUGUUAGCUUGCUUUUAUCACCCUAGAGAUUGUAAAUAAUUAUUUAUUUGUUUACACUGACAAAUUUUCAUUUUGAAAUACAUAGGAAAAAUGGUUGCAGCAUCCAAAGUCUUCUGUUAAAAAUCUUAUAGAUAUUGAUAAUAAGUUCAUUAUCAUUCAAAAGGGCUAUACCGGUACGUUCACCAAAAUGUGAAAACAAUGCAAUGAAGUAGUUAAGUUGCCAAUAAAAAGAAGAAAUUUUGUACAAACGUUCUAUAUGGAGCCUCAAUGGAUAUUAAAAUAGUACCUUUUUAUGUUAACUGAGGGCCAGUCAUCCAUCACAAUACUCUUUUAGCUGAUUUACUAAAGGUUUGAUGGUUCUGUUUUCUGACAAUGUCAUAAACACAGUGAGUUAUCUUUAAAUGAAUUUGGUCUGGAAAUAUAAUAUGUAUAUCUAUAAGAUUUUUUGUAUUUUAAACUUUUUUUGUUUUGGUUUUUUUCUGUUGAUAAUUAUUAGCAAGUAUAUCUAUGUUGUGUUUUCACACUGAGUUUUCAUUACUGACUUCUUAGUUAGUUUCCAUUUUUUCUA